UUCAAGAUGUAUGGAAUGUCACAUGUUGCAUCAACACCAAGAACAAGUUCGACAGAGUUUAAUGGAGAACAUAGACACAGCCUCUCACAACGUGUUUUUCCAAGUUAUGCUUGUGCCUUUUUGGACGAUGACCCUGCUUAUGAAUAUUGUUCCACAAAUACUCCACCAGGAUCCCUUUCCAUAUGUCGCCGCAGCCCUCGACUGCUUUCUAAUGGGUAUUACAUUUGGACAGAAGACAGUUUUCUGUCUGAUGAAGAGGGCAACGUAACAUUGACACCAUCCCAGACAAGUGUUACGUACAAAGAGAAUUUAGUUCGUGUAUUCAGGCGAAGGAAGAAAAUCCGUCGUUCUCUUGCCAGCUUGUUCAGUCUCAAUGCCUCCACUUCUUGGCUCAGCAGCACUGUCCCCAGCAAAGUGGAUUCCUCCCAUUUAGAUGAUCCUUGGCCUGAUAAAUGCAAUGAUCUAGAAGCCAGUCAGAGUGAUGUUGGAGAUUCAGACUUUUCUUCUGAAUAUAGCAGCUAUGACAACCAUGUGCCACAAAGACAAACCCCAGCACCUAAUGGAUCCUCUUUCAGCAAAGAUAACAAGCUUCCUCAGCCUGAGAAACCAUUCUGUGUAUCAAAAUCUAGCUCUCCAUUUAGGAUAAAUGCAAAUGAAGAGACUUGGAGAAAUGCAGAAUCCAGGACAGUGCAAAGUGUCCUGUCUCAGAUGGUCGCACUGGUCACGUGUUUAAUCAUUUCAAUAUGUACAAGAUAUUUUCUGGGAGGACUCUCUGCCACUUUGCUGCUGAUAAUUUUAGUUUUUCUUUUGUCCAAAGAUGCUGCUGUGUCAUCGUUCUUCAGUCUUGACACAUCUUUCAAAACAACUAAGUUUUGGUAA